AUGCCCUACACCGGGAUGCCUCCCCGCAUGGUGCCCCAGCUGCUGUGGCCCACACCUGCCGUAGGGCAGUGCUGUACCAGGCUGACAUUUGCCAUCGCAGCCUACACGGGCUUCAGACUGGUGAACGGCAGCACAGAGUGCACAGGGCAGGUGGAGCUGGAGGCGCACGGCACCUGGGGCUCCCUCUGCGAUGCCGGCUGGGACAUGCCUGACACGCAGGUGCUCUGCCACCACCUCGGCUGUGGCUUUGCCACCUCCGUGUCCCACGGAGGGUGUUUCGGGACAAGGAGCGGCCCGCUGUGGCGGGACACUUUUCACUGCUGUGGGACCGAGUCCCACCUGGGAGAGUGCCCUGCCAUGGCGCUGGGGACCCCUGCCUGCUCGCUCGGCCAUGUUGCCGCAGUCAAUUGCUCAGGUGGUGCUGAACCCCUGAGGCUGGUGGAUGGGGAGAGCCGCUGUGACGGGCGCCUGGAGGUGGCCCUGGGUGGGGCCUGGGACCAAGGCCUGGCCCAGUGCAAUGCCACACUGCACAGCUCUGUGCCACCAGGCCGCACCCAGGAGACGGCGGUUGUGUGCUCAGGCGCGUGUGCCGGGAAGGGCCCCAGGGCACCACAGGGGCCCGAGCAGCUGCCCCAGCCUGGGCUGUCUCUGGCUGCAGGGAGACGACAGGUGCGGCUGGUGAGCGGCCCCAGGUUCUGCCCCAGCAGAGUGGAGGUCUAUGUCCAGGGGGCCUGGAGCUGCAUCUGGGACGCCGCCGUCGUCUGCCACCAGCUGGGCUGCGGUGAGGCCUUGGCAGUGCCCGGCUUGGCCCACUAUGGCCAGGGCUCUGGACCAGUGCUGGACAUUCAGGGGCUGGAUAUGGCCCUGCCUUUCUUCACAGCUCGCAUCCUGCAGUGCCCCCAGGGCUUUUCCACAUACACGGCCAUAUGCCAGGGCCCAAGAGCCAGCCCCACAGUGGGGAGUGGAGGCCAUCAGGGCAGGGAACAGCUGUGGGACAUAGCCCCCUGGGCCAACCUGGCAGGGCAGGCUGCACCAGGCACCCGUGGCAUCAUGCGGGGGCUCCACAUCCUCCUUUGUGGUCCCACAUGGGCACCCACAGGCACCGGGGAGCUGAGACUGGUUGAUGGAGGCAGCCGCUGCGCUGGCCGGGUGGAGGUGAAGCACGAGGGCCAGUGGGGCACCGUGUGCAGCUAUGACUUCAUCUGGGAUGUCCGCGGGGCCUCCGUGGUCUGCAGGCAGCUGGGAUGUGGCACCGUGGCCAGGACUUCCCCAUACACCCCAUUUGGGGCAGGGGCUGGCCGGAUUUGGCUGCAACCCUUCUUCUGCCGUGGCACCGAGACAGCGCUCCACCACUGCUCCCACUAUGGCUGGGGCCAGCACUACUGCGGACAUGACUGGGACGUGGGGGUGACAUGCUCAGGUGAGGGAUUAGGUGACUGUGCUGGGGGGCAGCCCUUUGGCUGCGCGCGGUUGGGAGCCAUUAUGGCCAUGCCCAGGGCCUCCCCACCAGGGACUCCCCGGGUGUGGGAGUGGCGCUGGAGGGCAGCACUCUCAUGCCCUGAGGGCACCUCUAAUGCAGAUGCUGUGGAGCUGAGGCUGGUGAAUGGAGGUGGUCCCUGUGCCGGCAGAGUGGAGGUGAAGCUGCGGGGCCAGUGGGGGACGGUGGCAGAUAAUGAAUGGGACAUGGAAGAUGCCGAGGUGGUGUGUCAGCAGCUGGGCUGUGGCUCAGCCAAAAGCGCCCAUGCCUGGAGCCGCUUUGGGAAAGGGUCUGGACCAAUUCAUCUGGCUGUCGUUGACUGUCGCGGGGAUGAGUCCGCCCUCUGGGAAUGUACUAUCAAGGGAUGGGAGCUGUACAAUGGAAGCCAUAGCUGGGAUGUUGGCGUGGUCUGCCAAGGGUUUGUGCAGCUGGUCGGUGGGGACAGCGCCUGCUCGGGUCGUGUGGAGGUCAGGCAGGGCCGAGGCUGGGCAACCCUCUGCAAGGCCCACGUGGACCUCAACGCUGCCCAUGUCAUCUGCAAGGAGCUGGGCUGUGGAGCCGCUCUGGCCAUCACUGGGGCAGCACACUUUGGGGCAGGAGCUGGGCCCAUCUGGGACGGGGGAUUUGAGUGUGCAGGCAACGAAUCCCUCCUGUCUGCCUGCACCCGCAGGCUGCCCCACGGCCAGGGCUGCACGCACACCAGUGACGCCGGCAUCAUCUGCUCCCGUGGCACUGAACCCCUGCGGCUGGUGGAUGGGGAGAGCCGCUGUGACGGGCACCUGGAGGUGGCCCUGGGUGGGGCCUGGGGCCGAGUCCUGCCACAGCAGUGGGAUGACAGCGGUGCCAGCGUGGUGUGCCGGCAGCUCCGGUGCGGCACGGUGCAGAAGGCCUACACCGCCCCAGUGCUGCAGCCAGGCUCGAGUCCCCUGGGGCUGAGCGGGCUCCAGUGUGCAGGCACGGAGACCCACCUGGCCCAGUGCAAUGCCACGCUGCCCAGCGCCGUGCCAUCGGGCCACACCGAGGAGGCGGUGGUUGUGUGCUCAGGGAGCCGGCGGGUGCGGCUGGCGAGCGGCCCUGGGCGCUGUGCUGGGAGAGUGGAGGUCUACGUGCAGGGGGCCUGGAUCCAUGUCUGUGAGGACGCCUGGGACCUCUGGGACGCCGCCGUCGUCUGCCGCCAGCUGGGCUGCGGCAAGGCCCUGGCAGUGCCCGGCUCAGCCCGCUACGGCCGGGGCUCGGGGCCAGUGUGGCUGGGCGCCGAGCUCACAGUCCUGCGGCUGGCGGGUAGCAGUGGCUGCACUGGGCGCCUGGAGGUCUUCUACAAUGGGACGUGGGGCAGCGUGUGCGCCAAUGGCACCAGCCCCGCCACAGCCGCCGUGGUGUGCCAGCAGCUGGGCUGCGGGGCCACGGGCCGACUGGCAUCUGCCCCAGCAACCACACAGGGCUCAGGCCCUGCGUGGCUGGCCUGGGUGCAGUGCGAGCUGGGGACCGACUCCCUCUGGCACUGCCCCUCGGCACCCUGGCAGCUGCAGCCCUGCGACUCCCCUGGGGACACCCACAUCACAUGUGCUCACAGGAGCCCCACAGCAGGUGCUGGGGCCAUGGCAGUGCCCACCAUCCUCUGCAUUGUCCUGGGCACUCUGCUCUGCCUGGCCCUGGGGGCCCUCGCUGUGCAGGCAUGGCGCGCCAUGGCUCGGCACAGAGGCCCUGGCAGAACUGGGGACACAAUCUCUGAAGCUGUCUAUGAGGAGCUCGACUAUACUCUGACGCCGGAUUACCAGGAGGUGCCCAGUGGCUCAGGCUCUCCAUCAGAAGGCUCAGCAGCAAAGCUGCCGUAUUACACCAGUGACAGCGUGGAGGUCAGCAGCCCCGCGACAGCAGCAGACACCCCUGCCCUGCCCAGGCAUGGCCCCCCGGAUGGGUAUGACGAUGCCGCGGCCGUGCUGCACCCGGGAGAGGCCGCUUCUCCAGGGUUGAGUGACGGAGAUGUCUCCGAGGUCACGGUGCUGGAAGCGGGGAGCCGGCCCUCGCUGAGCCACCUGGAGCUGCCAGGAGCCACGACAGAUGCACCAGCUUCAGCGCCCCGAGACAUGGGCUACGACGAUGUUGGUGUCAGUGGCCCCAGGACAUCACUGUAA